CCUUACAUGACAUGCUACCCGAGGACGUAUUGAAAACAAAUAUGGCGCUCAAAAUGGACGAUGUAUCGCAACUACUCGCCUUUAAAUUUACAAAUUCUUCAUUUGAUCCUGAAAAAUAUGUUAGGGACUUAUCAGCACAAUGUGACACUGAUGCCGAACUGCAAGAUCAUCGAAAACGUAUUCAGACUCUGAGCGAAGAAACGGCUGUUAGCUUGAAGAAAAAUGUGUACAAGAAUUAUAUGCAGUUCAUCGAAACAUCCAAGGAAAUAUCAUACCUGGAGGCCGAGAUGUAUCAACUGGGACAUUUUUUAGCAGAACAGAAAUCAAUUCUCAGCAGCCAGCAAGACAUGUCUUUAUUUGGAACACAAGACUUCAGUUCUUCAACAAAACCGUCAAAGAAAGAUGAAAAAGGUAGCAGUUCAAUUGAAUCAGUUGAGGGCCUUGCUAGUGUCCUGGAUAUAACUGAUGUAAAUUGUGUAUUUGAGGGAGACCUGGUUGAAGUGGAUCCUGAAACAUUUCUUCCGAGAUCAAAAGUACAUGCCUUCCUGUUACAUGACAGCAUGGUUGUAGCAAACAUUAUCCAGAACAGGCGUGGUCCAGUCCGUUUUAAGUACCAGUGUUUGUUUGAACUUGAAAAUGUUGCUGUAGUGAACAUGACAAGUGCAGACGGUUUGAAAGAUGCUUUUAAGAUUUUUCUUUUUCCAGAGACUCAUGUCUAUCAGGCUGAAAGCAAACAGAUCAAGAAAGAGUGGUUAGAUAGAAUAGAAGAAUGUAAAAAGAACUUCAAAUUGAAGCUGGAACAAGAGUUCUCUCAAGGUGACAUUCAAGUUGAAAGUGAAGGGACUAGUGCACAUUCAGUGAACACUAAUCCAUUCCUUGAUGAUGACAAGAAUCCCUUCACUAAUGAUGAUGAUGAUGAUUCCAAAAAUCCUUUCAAAGAAACUACUUCAACAAAUCCGUUUGAUGAUGAUGAAGAGCCUAUUGCAUCAUCUUCACCUGCAUCUACAAGUUCUAAAUUGAUCAAGGUGGGAAAAGCCUGGCUUAGAGACCUCCCAGAGGAUUUAGACAUGUUUAUAGCACAAAGAGAUUUUGAAAGGGCCAUGGAGUUGAUAGACAGAACGAAUCAGUAUUUAAAAGAGAAUAGUAGCUCUCAAGUAGCAAAAGAAAUCAAAGUUCGUUUGGAUCGCCGAGUGAAGCUGCUGGUAGAUGCUCUUAUUGAUGAACUUGACUGUAGUCGAAGCUUUUUACUCCAUGUGGGACCACGGGCUACCAGACGAGCUGUGUCAUUACUGGUUCGACUGGGAAGAGCUUCUGAGGCAUGUCAGCUUUUCUUAAAGAACAGAAGUGAGGCCAUCAAACAUAGUCUCAGACAACUGAAGAUUGAAGGAGCAACGUCUUUGUACAUUUCCAAGCUGUCCAGUGCAUUCUUUAGCAGUGUCAUAGAAACUGGCAAGGAGUUUGAUCAAGUGUUCUCUGCCAACAGAGGUUUCAGCUCGGCAUUUGUAGUGUGGGCCAAUACUGAACUGCAGCACUUUGUGUCUCGCUUCUCCUGCCAAGUGUUCCGUAGAGAGAUGGGCGUGGCAGCUAUUGGUGUUUGUGUUAGUAUGGCAAAACAACAAUGUGAAAAGCUGCAUGAGAUAGGCCUGGACUUGACUUUCUCAAUGCAGCAGAUGCUUCUCAGAGACAUCGUAGAAGCACUCCUGGACACCAGGGACCAGAUGGUGAAGUUUGCAAGGCACAGAGUUACGGAAGCUAACUGGAAACCCAUGGACUUCGAGGGUCAAACAGAUCAACUGGGAACCUUGUGUGGGGAAAUGGAAAGCCUCGGUGUUGAGAAUUUCAACGAUCUUAUUGUUGGUGGAAACAAAGUGGAUCUGAGCGGUGCGACCGUCACCUUUAUUAAAGGAGUGUUAGGUUUCCUAGCAGAUGGAUUAAGUGUCAAUACACCACAGCUUCAGCCGGUGUUUGUGGAUUGUAUCGGAGAUUUAUUUGAAAACCAAGUUGUCCUGUUUGAGGCCAUCCUCAAGUCUGGUCGUUAUGUGAACCAGGUGAUCUACAGAAAGGUCCCGAUCCAAAAUAACCACUCAACCGAGUGAAUUCAACAUACAAAAGGAGGAAAUUUAUGUCAAUACAUCAUGCAAAUUACCACGUGCGAGUGUCAAAUAGCAAAUCCUGUUCGCUUUUAAAGCUUAAAAUUCUCAACGAAAGCUGGCCAAAGGAAGAAAGAAUGGUACACACUUCGUUUAUGAUUGACUGUAAUUAUUUUGCCGAUGGCUUUGCAGUCAUUUUAUCGGCUGUUACUUUACCAGUCUUUGACAACUGUAAAUUACCAUCUUUUUGAAGUCGUAAAAGCUGCAUUAAAACGGCCAUCUCUAUUCAAAACGCAGUUGAAAGGGCAUUGAUCGUCAUGUCUUCGCGGCCAUCGAAGGAAAGAAAAAUUCUCCUGGUAUUCUUAGCCAACAAGAUUGAUUUUCCACUUUGGUGCCUCGUAAACGUUGCUUGGCGUUUUCUCUUUCCAUUUCAAGGCCAAAAGAGGAAUUUUUUUCUGUUAUGAAAGAAAACAAGACCUUGAAAGCUAAUAAGUUUUUGCAAGUGUCGUGUGUACGCGCGGAAGUGCGGAGAGUCACGUGACAGCCAAGCUCUUUUAGCUCGAAGAGUUACCAAAUUUCCUUAGGUAUGGGGCUACGCUCGCGGGCCUUCGGCGCGCAGGAACCGCGCUUUUAAGACAACCCAAGACUGUGGAGAAAUUGGUAUUUUUUUUUUUACUUAUUAUUGUUUAAGGUACAUGCUGUAAUUACUGUGAUUCACUUCAUCCUGUUAAUAUUUAUUUUGACCUUCAAGACAAUAAAUCUUUUAAUAAACGUUAGUAUCUUUUGUUUUU